GAAGGAAGGCACAGCAACUAAAAAUGGUGCUGCAAUGAUGAGAAAGAGAGACCAAGUGGGCGCAGGAUAAGCACGUGGGCAUCUCCUUUCUCAUUUCACGCUGGCAUGGCCAUGCUCACUCAUCCCAUUAAGCCUCAUUUUUCUUCAACUUAAACAUUAUACUGAAAAUUCCUCCUUGUUUUUUUUUUUUGUCUGGUUGCUGUAUUUCAGGUUAAAUUUUUUAAUGCUGUGAAAAGUCUUGUAUACGCAUUUAUGAUAUAUUUUAGUGUUGACCGUUGAGUAGUUUUUGUGUUAUAUUUUUACUGUGGUUCAAGAAGAUUGACUUGGUGGAGGAAGUCCGGUGGCAUAAAUAUGAUCUUGAUGGGACAUUACCGUGAGUUUUUGCUUCUUUCUUUGCAUGUCCAUAUCAGUCUGGGUUGUGGAAUUUGACUGAAAGAACAUAACUUUGGAGUGUUUGAUAUUCUGGGUCUUUUGAACUAUUUAUGCUAUAAUUCUAUAUAUUAAACUCAAUCUGUAAUAUUACACCCACAAUAAUAACUUUUCGCUAUUCCUUUUCCCUCCUAUGACCUCCCUCUCCCCUCAUCAUAAAUUCUGUCUUCCUUUUAUUUUUCUUCAUUUUUCCAUGUUGAUGAAUUUUCUCUUAUGGAGUUGAUGUCUAUUUGCGUAGAAUUUUAGCUGAGGUUCUGUUGGUCUUGACUCCAAAGUGGGGUUUCGUGUGAACAUUAUUUGGUUGCUAUUGUAGAAACAUUUUUGUGGUCUCUCAUCUUAUGCUCUAAAGAGGAAAGCUUUCGUAACUCAUGAGGUUGCUUUUUUUGAUUCCAUUGGAGAGAUUCUGGUGAAGUUUUAUUUGUUAACAGAGUAGAAAGAAUAAAAGAAUCAGUCAUGAAGUUUAUGAAACUUGGAUCUCGGCCAGAUACCUUCUACACUGCUGAUUCUUUAAGGUCAGUCUCUUCCGAAGUCUCUAGUGAUCUCAUAAUUCAAGUGAGAGGAAGUAGAUAUCUACUUCACAAGUUUCCUUUGUUCUCCAAGUGUUUGCGGCUGCAGAGGCAAUGUUCUGAGUCACCUGAAACCCCACAAUAUCACAGAGUCCAACUUCAUGAUUUUCCUGGUGGUGUUGAGGCUUUUGAACUCUGUGCAAAAUUUUGUUAUGGGAUUACAAUCACUCUCAGUGCCUACAAUAUUGUAGCUGCACGAUGUGCAGCUGAAUAUUUGCAGAUGACUGAAGAUGUUGAGAAGGGGAACUUAAUAUACAAGCUCGAGGUUUUCUUCAAUUCCUGCAUCCUUCAUGGGUGGAGGGACUCCAUUGUAACCCUUCAGACCACAAAAGCUUUUCCUUUAUUGUCAGAGGAUCUUGGAAUCACAAGCAGAUGCAUUGAAGCAAUUGCUUCCAAAGUCCUAACUCAUCCCUCAAAGGUGAGUUUGUCCCACAGUUAUUCUAGGAGGGGUAGAGACGAUAUUUCUUGCAAUGGAACUGAGAGCCAGAGGCAUAAACCAGCAAGUAGCAAAGGUUGGUGGGCAGAAGAUAUGGCAGAAUUAGGCAUAGACCUUUAUUGGAGAACCAUGAUAGCCAUUAAAUCUGGUGGAAAGAUACCCUCUAACCUCAUCGGCGAUGCAUUGAAAAUCUAUGCAUCUAGAUGGCUACCUAACAUUUCAAGAAAUGGGAAUAUCAAUAACCCAGAAGCAUCAGACUCAGAUUCAGAUUCAGCCAAUGAGGGCACCUCAAAGCAUAGGCUGCUUUUGGAAUCAAUAAUAAGCUUACUCCCGGCAGAGAAAGGUGCUGUUUCUUGUGGUUUCCUUCUUAAACUCUUGAAGGCAGCCAAUAUUCUUAAUGCUUCCUCUUCUUCAAAGACAGAAUUGGCUAGAAGAAUUGGACUUCAGUUAGAAGAAGCAACAGUCAGUGACCUAUUGAUACCGUCUUCAUCACACUCAAAUGAUAAUCUAUAUGAUGUGGACAUAGUUAUGACAAUAUUAGAACAGUUCAUGUCACAGGGGCAGAGUCCCCCAACUAGCCCACCAAGAUCAAAACUUGGGUUUGAAAGGAGAAGGUCCAGGUCUGCAGAAAAUAUUGAUUUUGAAUUGCAAGAGAGUAGAAGAUCUUCUUCAGCAUCACAUGGUUCAAAACUAAAGGUGGCAAAGCUUGUGGAUGGGUAUCUACAAGAGAUUGCUAGAGAUAUGAAUUUGCCUCUGUCAAAGUUCAUUACAAUUGCUGAGGCCAUACCGGAUUUCGCCAGGCUCGACCAUGAUGAUCUCUACAGAGCAAUUGACAUUUAUCUCAAGACACAUCUAGGCCUAAGUAAGAGUGAAAGGAAAAGAUUGUGCCGGAUCCUCGACUGUAAAAAAUUAUCUGUGGAGGCAUGUAUGCAUGCUGCAAGAAAUGAGUUACUCCCGCUAAGAGUAGUGGUACAAGUUCUGUUCUUUGAGCAAGCACGAGCUGCCAUGGCUGGUGGCAAAGUGACUGAGCUGCCUAGCAACAUAAAGGCACUGCUAGUGGGGCACAAUAUCGACCCUUCGAGGCCUCCCACAGCAUUAAGCACCAGUAGCACCAUUGCAGCAGAGGACCAGUGGAGUAUUUCAGGCCUUAAAUCUCCAAAGUCUAGACUUUCAACUUUACGUAUGAAGCUGGCUGAAGAUGAUUUGGAUGAAAAUGAUUUGAACCCAGAUGCAGUUGGUAGAGCUUCUAAGUUUAAGGCUUUCUGUGCUCUUCCCACUCGACCCAAAAAGAUGUUCAGUAAGUUGUUGUCAAUCAAUAGAAAUGGCAGCGAAAAGAAUUGAGUGAAUAAUUUUGUUUACUUCUCUGUUGUGUAUGGUAAAAUUGAGGGUAACACAAUCUUGUUUUUGUACUGGGAAAAAUGUCUUGUAAUUUUAGCUCAAAACACAGAAUCUCAAUGUGAAAUGUUGAUGUAAUCUCUUAGAAUAUUGCCUCAUAUUGUGUUAGCAAUAAUUCUUAUGCACCAACUGCUAGAGAUGUUUCUCGUGCUGAUAA